GCAGUAAUAUUUGCUUGUUACAGCAACAAUUUAUAAAUUUUUGAGCACUUGGUAGUAGAAGUCCACCUCUAACUCGCAGCCAAAAUUGAGUUUGUAAAAAAGAGACUUUCUAAUUUGCUUGUUAUUUUAAUUUGAUCAUGUUCAGCCCUCCGAGACGCGACGAAGGCGAUGCACCCUUGUGCCAUUCUACACCCAAGGGUGACCUGCAGGAAAUUUCAUUCGGGCCGCGAUUCCCAGCUAGAAUUCCUGUUAGCAUCUAUGGCUGGUACCGUGUCCUGGUUUUUUGCGACAGCCGCCGAGAGUCCAAGGGUCGAGUGAUGCGGCGCUUGCAUCGUUUGGUGAGUCCCAACCGGCUGGCGCCGCGUUACAUGCACCCCGGCGGUGAAAAGGAUGCUCCGGACGAUGUCGAUGCCUUCCUAACCUUCUACGUGAAUAGCUAUGUGAUAGCCAGCGAAUUGAACCGCUGCAGCAUGAGUGAGCCUAGGCUGUAUCUGAAGGUCAGCGAUCGAAUGCCUCUGGUCAAGAUAGAUAGUGGGUAUAGGUGGCGGCUGAAGAAAACACUCAAGGCCAGAUACGACUCUCGGAAGAGGAGUCUGGACCUCACCCAGUUCUAUACCGACGAGGCUUGGCGCGAGGAAUUCUGUGCUUUGGCCCAGCCGCAUUGCCUCUACGAGGCCAUCUCGAUUGUGUCCAGCAUCAUGCCGGAUCUGCUGAGUCUGAAGUUGGACCGGAACCACCUGAGGAACCUUUGGCCUUUUGUCCACUUGGAGCAGCGCUUGCCGAAUCUGCAAUGCAUCUCGCUGCUAAACAACGACAUAGAUACCUUGAAUAUGCUACAGGUGUUCCAAUUUCUACCCCUGACGGAGUUGGACAUCAGGCGAAAUCUUCUGCCCUCUGGCUACGAAAACGACGUCAUCCGUAUGUGGCCUUCUCUUAAAAUUUUGGACGGGACCCCCAUCUGGCUGGGGAGACGGGUAACUAGCGACGUUGAUCCGGUGGAGAAACUGAGUCAGCAGACCGGAAUGAAUCCAGUUUUCAGUCGCCAACUACUCGCACAAAACGAAGGCGACUACUCACAGGCACUUUGGGUAUUCGAGAGACUCUACGAUGCUGGCCAGAUUCCUCCGAAAGCAUUUAUGUGAAUUUACGGGGAUUUUUUUGCAUUUAUAAUUGCCAAAAAAACUAAUCGCGAUCAAUCGACUUCCCAUUAUGACAAUGAAAUAUAAAAAAGCAUCAAAUAAUUAAAA